AAAUUAUUUCAGAGCUUAAAGAACUUCAGACCCCAGGAUGGAUGAAAAAGAAAGGAUAGCAACAAUGCCUUCUUAUGCUGUGGGUUCAACAGUCUUUGUAGCAGAUCCUGACCAAGUGUGGGUCCCCGGGGUUGUAACCCAGGUUUCAGAUGACAAUUUUGUGAUCCAGGUUGGACAGAAGGAAGUGGUGGCCAGCAUGAAAGACCUCCUCACCAAUAUGCAUGAGACACCACAAUCGUGUGAGAACCUCACCAAAUUGACCGUCAUUAAUUCAGCCACUGUGUUGACUUGCCUGGAUUUGCGCUUCCAGCAAGAUGCUGUCUACACCUCUGGUGGCAACAUCCUAGUGGCUGUCAACCCUUUUAAGGAACUCCAUCAUCUCUAUUCCGAAGAACUUAUCCACACGUACGCAGCAGCCAAGGGAUCGUUUGUGGAGCCCCACAUAUUUGGCUGUGCCAAACUUGCCUACGACCGGAUGUGUGGACAGUUUGGCAAGGACCAUCAGACCAUCAUGGUCAGCGGAGAAAGUGGAGCAGGAAAGACAGUAUCAGCUAAACACCUGCUCAAGUACCUGACUGUUGUUUCAAGCCAGAACCUCUCCCUAGAAUCCUCUAUGACUGGCAGAAAGAUUGAGACUAAGAUUUUAAAGUCUAACCCAAUCUUAGAAGCUUUUGGUAAUGCCACAACAACUCGGAAUGAGAACAGUUCGAGAUUUGGAAAAUACAUCCAAUUAAACUUCAACAGGUCUGGAAACAUGAAGGGAGCAGCCAUCAGCACGUAUUUACUGGAGAAGACCAGAGUCGUACAUCAGGGACCUGCAGAAUGUAACUUCCAUAUUUUUUAUCAGAUGAUGCAGCCUGGACUUAGAGGAACCAACACCAUUGGUCAGUUGUUUGAAGAUUUUGACCAAAGCAUUGCAUUCAGAAUCCUUCCAGGACCAUCAGAGAGGUCUGCUGGAAAAGACAGUGAAAUGCUACAAAACACCCUGAAAGCUUUGGAGGAGAUUGGUGUGACGGAAAACCAAACGAAGCAGAUAUUCCAGAUUCUUCUGGCCAUAUUGUAUCUCGGUAACAUAGAAUUUAUGAAAGGACAGGAUGAAGAUACAACGAAAAUCAAACAGUCCAAAGGAAGUUCCGAUGCCAUGAAAAACGCCUGCAAUCUUCUGUGCAUCGACAGCAGACAACUGCAGCAUAUUCUCCUGCAUCGUAACAUCCAUUCUGGUCGGAAGGGACGUGAGAGUAUGUUUGUGAAGCCUGUACGACAGGCUGAAGCAGCCAACCGCCGCGACUGCCUGGCCAUGCUGUUAUAUUCCAGUCUCUUCAACUGGUUGGUCAGUUAUAUCAAUGACCAAUUCCAUGGCAACUCCUGCAAACAAAGUAUAGGAUUGCUAGACAUUUAUGGGUUUGAAUGUUUCCAACAGAACAGUCUGGAACAGUUGUGCAUCAACUAUGCCAACGAACGUCUACAGCAACACUACGUUCAGCACUUCCUUCGCGAUCUUCAGAAUGAAUACAUUGACGAGAACAUUGAAUGGACAUACACGGAAUUUGAGGACAACCAGCCACACAUCGAUCUCUUGGAUGGCACAUGUGGAGUGUUUGCUCUCCUUAACGAAGAAGUCUACCUGAAUCGUCCGAAAGACCUGGUGAGUCUUGGUAACCGCUUGGUGGAGGUCACCAAUGGAAAGGCCAGCCAUCGUCAACCUUUGACACCAAGGCUUCACAAUAAGAUUAACGACAGUUCUUCAGCUGCUCAAAGAAGCCAGAAGAAGAAUUCAGAGAAAUUUAGUCCCAGAUUUCUGAUCAGGCAUUAUUGCGACAUCGUUGAUUACGAAGCCAGGGAAAUGGUUGAGAAGAACAAGGACAAUAUACCAAGUGAAGUGGAAAACCUGGUCAAAACUAGCCACCUUGACUUUGUCCAAGAAAUCUUGACCUCCAGAACAACAACAACAACGACAACAACACCAAGUAAGAAGAAAAAAACAGUUUUAACAAAAUUCAAGACCUCUCUUGAUCAACUGAUGCUGUCACUAAAUGCCUCAGAUGUCCACUAUGUUCGCUGCCUGAAACCAAACAAGGACUGUGUCCCCAAUAAAUUUGACCGACUGUUUAUGAUGUCUCAGCUAAAGGCCAGUGGGAUUUUGGAAACAGUGGAGAUUAGUCACCAAGGUCACCCUGUCAGGAUGACUUAUGCGGACUUCCUCCGUCGCUACUCUGUUGUUCGGUCAAAUAAGGGACCGGCAAGUGGCCAGAGACUCGAUGGAGCCCUUCAAGACGAUGUCAGCAUCGACCACAUCAUCAGUACCAUAGCAAAUAGGAGACUUCAGGUACGGGAAAGAGUUAAACGGACGCCGACCCCUCGCAAGGUGAUGCGGAGACGGACGGCUGAUGAUGAAGAUUUAAAAGACCUGCAAAUUCUCCUGUGCUGUGCAUAUCUCUACCACUGCCAUCACUUCUGCACAUCUUAG